AUGGCUUCGCCUGCGCUGCCAGACGACGUCUUACACGUCCUCUGUGAAGAGCUAGCAAACCAGGAACAAUUCGACACGCUCUUCAACUGCGCUUGUUCUAGCCGGGUGCUUGCUGUACCAGCAUUAACCCACCUAUACAGGUCUCACCAUCAGGCACCUGUUCGAGGCGGCGGGGAAGAUUUAUACGGCCUUCCACCUGCCACAAAGCUAUUGACGAUUCAGAGAUGGUCCAUCUUGUGGAGGUCAAUCAUCGCAUCUAGUCUUGGUGCUACGCUAUUUCCAUACUGUCGCUAUAUUAGAUCACUCGAUUUUCGAGACUUGGGUUAUCUACUCGACGAUGAUCAGUUCCGCGUUAAGGUCUCAAAACAAUUCUUCUCCGGACCGCUGAAGCAGUUCGAGAAGAUUGAGACACGGACAAAUAUCAAAGGAAAGAAGUUUACGCGACUCAAGACUCCUGAUAUUAUCGAUGCUGUUGGAGAAGUCGUCACACAACAUACACCCAUGCUUGAUAUCAUAAGUGGCGAACUCCUCUCUGGUGCCUUAGUCCGAUGGACUCCCCGCCUUCCCCGUCUCCAGAGCUUAGAGCUUUGGGACGGCAAGCCAUUAGAGGAUGAACUAGUUCAUGCUUCCAUUUACGAGUAUUGUCCGCAGUUCAGAUCUCUCAUGAUAUACACGUGGAUGUCCGAGGGUAUUGACCACAAGUUCUCCAAAUUCCUCUCAUCGAUGCGGCCGAACUCUCUCAAAACGCUACAAACCAUCGGCGACAUACGAGCAGGCGCUGAAACAUUUCUCGCACUGAACCAUCACGGCAAGUCACUCGAAGAUUUGAGGCUCUGCGUAUCGAACGACUCGCUGCCGCACCUGUCACUCCUACAAGGAUGCACUGCUUUGAAAAACCUGCGGGUCGAAGACAUACACGGCUCGGUUGACCUAGAAGCGACUCAACAUGAUGUCUUCCUCGAGAUGAUUGCGUGGUUGAGAAAUUGCGAGAGCCUCCAACGUCUCAGCUUCUCAAAACUUCAGUCUGGAGCUGCGAUCAUCACGCCGGUGCUGCUAGAGCACAACAUCAAACUGAUCAACCUAGAGAUUGAUACUUAUUCGCUCACGGAUCACAAGACCUUCCACAAAGCACUUGUUCAUCAACAGUCAUCACUCAGAUAUUUAUCACUAAGCGGCGAUACCGAUGGCAUGUUUCGGGACGACCUUGACAUUCUGGUCGACUCGUUGAAGCAAUUGCACGAGCUGAGAGAUCUCAAAUUGAUCUUGCCAGAGGUUCUACGAGACGAGCAUCUCAUCGUGAUCAUCAGAAACCUUACUCAACUCGAAGACCUAUAUGUUAGCGGGUUGGAGCUCAACGACAUCGUUUUGGACAGCCUUGCAAGCCUUCCAAACCUCCGAAAUGUCACUCUAUCAGGUAUAUCCAAGUUCACCAUUGAGGGACUUCUCGACUUCGUAAAUGGACUUGGGUCGGGCAAUCAAGGCAUCCGUAUUACGAUCGAUAUGGCAGACCCAGAUACUUUGCUGACCGAGGAGAACCUCAAUGUGGUAAGAGAUUGUCUUACCGAGAAGACCGGCGGUGCUUUGGAAUACAUGGCACUAAGAGAUCCGAAUGUUUCAGAGUUUGAAGGUGACUCCGACUGA